AUGGUUGUGUUGGACAGCUAUAGCGUCAUGAUUGUAUCUAAAUACCUUUUAACAAUUGAAGACUUCAUCAACUUACAGUUUGUAUGCAAAAAACUGAUAAACUUGCUCGAAAAGUUCCAUUUUAACCCAAUACCAUUAUCACAGAAGACGAGAAAAUACUUUCCCAAACUGGAGACGUAUUACAUGUACAACCCAAACGACCAAAUUUUUAAAGAGAAGUUCUUUCGAGUAGUAAAUUGGUACCAAGUCACGUUUGAAGAGUGUAUGGCAUUUUCGUCAAACACAAAUGUGUACAAGAAUGUAGUGUAUACUUUACACGACAGAGAUAUAUUCGGUGUUGUUGUACCAUCUGUUGUAAAUCGAAUUGGUGAUCAGUGUUUUCAAAACGAAACCACAUUGACUGCUCUUGUGUUGUCUCAAACAAUUGUUUCAUUGGGAAACUUCUGUUUUUGGAAUUGCAAAAAUUUGAAAGAAGUAGUGUUGUCGGAAUUUGUGGAAAGUGUUGGUUACCGUUGUUUUGAGGGGUGUGCCUCCCUUUCAAAAAUAAACUUCCCAGAAACACUUGGUGUUAUUCCAGAGUGCUGUUUUAUGAACUGUACAUCGCUCUCAAUACUUAGUGUCCCUGACAAUGUGAGUGUGAUCGAGAAAAACUCUUUUGGAAAUUGUGUUUCCCUUCAAUCAAUCACUCUCCCCCAAAAAUUACAAAAAAUUUCUGAAAAUUGUUUUGCUCGUUGUUCUCAUUUAUCACAAGUGUUUAUCAAUAAAACAACUGAGCCAAUGGCAUUAGGAAAAAACUGUUUUUACCAGUGUAUUUCGAUGAAAAGCAUUGAACUUCCACAAAAUACGAAUCACAUUGAAGAAGGCAGUUUUUGCCAGUGUUCUUCUAUGAGCUCACUCGAAUUUCCAUCAAAAGUAGAGUUUCUUGGUGAUAACAUGUUUUACUGUUGUUCUGCCCUUCGUUAUUUCGAGUUACCAAAGAACAUAAAGCAUCUUGGUAUUGGCUAUUUUUGGAAUUGCAGCAUGUUGUCCAAAAUAGUCAUUCCACUUGGUAUAACUCAUUUAGACGAUCAUUGUUUCUGUGGGUGCACAUCCUUGUCAUCUGUAAAUCUCCCCGACAGUCUCUUGGCACUUGGCAAUUAUGUCUUCUGUUUAUGUCAUUCCCUCAACUCCAUUCGCAUUCCCCAAAACGUCACAUCUAUCGGUGACGCAUCUUUUUUCAACUGUUCUUCUCUCUCAACACUGUCACUCCCCCAAUCUAUUUUCAGCCUCGGUAAAAACUGUUUUUAUGGGUGUGUCUCUUUGAGUACAAUUACAAUUCCAAACACGUUAAUUCAACUCCCAGACAAUUGUUUCUAUGGUUGUACAUCCAUUCAAACAAUAGAAAUACCCGACUCCGUCACUUCUAUUGGGAAGGGUUGCUUCUUGGGAGCUUCGUCUCUCAAGCACAUUGGCCUUCCCGCCAAAAUUCAGGCUGUUGGACGGGGUUCGUUCUGCGGUUGUGAGCCCCUUUCAAUCUCCUGUUGUGUUCGCAAUCUCCCUCCCGAAGUUUUUGACAAGCCGUGGUGCUGA